AUGCCACAACGAAAGAAACUUAAAGAAAAAGUUAUGAAGCGACAAACUUUGAUAGAGCUUGUAGAUUAUGUCUCUUCAGCUAAUGGGAAAUUUUUGAAACCUGUCAUGCAACAUAUUAAUGCUAACAUGUUGUCGAUAAAUUUGUUUAGAACACUCAUUUCUGCUCCUCGCGAGAAUAAAAUUUUAGAAGCCUUUCAUUUGGAGGAGGAUGAACCCUCGAUUGACCCUGCAUGA